GGAAGGCGGCGGCGUGACGACGUCUGCCGCGUAGGUUAGAGGCUGCAGGGGGUGGCCGGCGCCAGCUCCCAGGCCUCGGAGAGUGACCUGCGGUGGAGCUGCCUCCUCGCAGCUGGAGAGCGGAGGGAGAAGAUUGCUAGCUGGCUGGAGGUGCCAUCCUCUGCGUGGCUGGCCGAGGGGCCCGGAGUCCAAGGCGUCUCUCGUCACCACUGCUCCCCGGAGCUCCAGGGUUAGAGACAUGACCCGCGAGGGUCCGGCCCCGGUCCCGGGACCCGCAGCUCCGCUGAGCGGGUCGGUGCUGGCGGAGGCGGCGGUGGUGUUCGCGGUGGCGCUGAGCAUCCACGCGGCCGUGUGGGACCGAUACUCGUGGUGCGCGGUGGCCCUGGCAGUACAGGCCUUCUACGUCCAGUAUAAGUGGGACCGGCUGCUGCAGCAGGGAAACGCUGUCUUUCAGUUCCGCAUGUCCGCUAACAGCGGCCUGCUGCCCGCCUCCAUGGUCAUGCCUUUGCUCGGACUAGUCAUGAAGGAGCGCUGCCAGGCUGCGGGGAAUCCGUUCUUCGAACGUUUUGGCGUUGUGGUGGCAGCCACUGGCAUGGCAGUGGCCCUCUUUUCGUCAGUGUUGGCGCUGGGCAUCACCCGCCCGGUGCCAACCAACACUUGUGUCAUUUCGGGUUUGGCCGGAGGUGUUAUCAUUUAUAUCAUGAAGCACUCGCUGAGCGUAGGGGAAGUGAUCGAAGUCCUGGAAGUCUUACUGAUCUUCGUUUAUCUCAACAUGAUUUUGCUGUACCUGCUGCCCCGCUGCUUCACCCCAGGCGAGGCGCUGCUGGUAUUGGGCGGCAUUAGUUUUGUCCUCAACCAGCUCAUCAAGCGCUCUUUGACGGUGGUGGAAAGCCAGGGGGACCCAGUGGACUUCUUCCUGCUGGUGGUGGUGGUAGGGAUGGUGCUCAUGGGCAUCUUCUUCAGCACUCUCUUUAUCUUCAUGGACUCAGGCACCUGGGCCUCCUCCAUCUUCUUCCACCUCAUGACCUGCGUGCUGAGCCUUGGUGUGGUCUUGCCCUGGCUGCACCGCCUCAUCCGCAGGAACCCCCUGCUCUGGCUUCUUCAAUUCCUCUUCCAGACGGACACCCGCAUCUACCUCCUAGCCUAUUGGUCUCUGCUGGCCACCUUGGCCUGCCUGAUGGUACUUUAUCAGAAUGCCAAGCGAUCGUCUUCUGAGUCCAAGAAGCACCAGGCCCCCACCAUCACCCGAAAGUAUUUCCACUUCAUUGUGGUAGCCACCUACAUCCCAGGCAUCAUCUUUGACCGGCCACUGCUCUAUGUGGCUGCCACUGUGUGUCUGGCAGUCUUCAUCUUCUUGGAGUACGUGCGCUACUUUCGCAUCAAGCCCCUGGGUCACACUCUGCGGAGCCUCCUGUCCCUCUUCUUGGAUGAACGAGACAGCGGACCACUCAUUCUGACACACAUCUACCUGCUCCUGGGCAUGUCUCUUCCCGUUUGGCUGAUCCCUAGACCCUGCGCCCAGAAGGGCAGCCUGGGGGGAGCCAGGGCCCUGGUCCCCUACGCAGGGGUCCUGGCCGUGGGCGUGGGUGACACAGUAGCCUCCAUCUUCGGCAGCACGAUGGGAGAGAUCCGCUGGCCUGGAACCAAAAAGACAUUUGAGGGGACCAUGACGUCUAUAUUUGCGCAGAUCAUUUCCGUCGCUCUGAUCUUAAUCUUUGACAGUGGAGUGGACCUCAACCACAGUUAUGCUUGGAUCUUGGGGUCUAUCAGCACCGUGUCCCUCCUAGAAGCGUACACGACCCAGAUAGACAAUCUCCUUCUGCCUCUCUACCUCCUGAUAUUGCUGAUGGCCUAGCUAUUGCACAGCAGCAGUGACGGAGGAAACGGAUGGGGAGGAUGAGUGGCCGUAGGAGACGGCUUCUUGGGCACGAGGACCUAAGCAAUGAAAGCGAAUCUGAUUCUUUAGUUGAUUUCAAUUUCCAAUAAAAACGCAAAGCUCUCCUGGU